AUGGUUGGUUUUGCAGUAUUGGAAACGAUGAUUCCUCUUUCAGAUGAGGACUUUAAAAUGUUUCACAACAUCGAUCGUACAUUAUAUAGCUUACUCGUCAUAGAUCUAUGUUUAGACCCAGUGGAAGCUCUUCAGUUCGUAGCUCUGUGGCUUUGGCUGGAAAGAGUUGGCUUCAAACAUGUUGUGAAAAAGAUAUUGUCUUUGCCUUAUAUGGUGAUAAAUGAACUCGCCGAUGAGGCUUUCGUGUGUCUUAACAUCAUUCACAAUGACCAAGUAUCGAUAUCAGCUUCGGCCAACGAUGUCACUUUGAUGCAAAACUUGAUUGACAAUGAUCUUUCUCUCCAAUUCUUUGUCAAGCACCGACUGAUAGCGAUGCGAGGUUUGGCGAAGAUCGUCGAUGAGGUGUGUAUGAGGGUGUUGAGGGACAUCAUGCAAGCCGCCAUCGAACGAAAUGCCACACAGAGCUUAGCAAAUCAUGCCCAGCAACAGAAGCAACAAAUGAUGUCACAACAAGUACAACAACAACCUACGGCUCAACCAGGUUUGGCUCAGGGGGUAGGAAAUGGUCCGGUCAGGGUGGGACACCCUUUGACCCAAGCCAACGAAGUAGUCCCACCAGAUGAUCGAACCAUAUUUGUUACCUUCUCAAAAGGGUAUCCGGUUCAGGAAUGGGAAGUCAGAGAAUUUUUCACAAGGUUCUAUGGGAAUUGCAUCGAAUCAUUACAUAUGCAAGAAGUGAUGCCUAAUGAACAAUCAUUGUUUGCUCGAAUCGUUUGUUACUCCACAACAGCCAUUGAAAUGAUCCUUAAUGGUAGUGGCAAAGCUAAGUUUAACAUCAAUGGGAAACACGUUUGGGCUCGAAAAUUUGUGCCCAAACACCGUCACCAGUUAUCUUAA